AUGACGCCUUUAAGAAUGUGGGAUGAGUGGGAGUGGAGGCGACUGACGCUCAAAAAGAAGCAUCAUCCUGAAAACGGGGACAGCGGGAGCUUCAAAGAUAACUCUCUCGUUGGUCGUCGGCCACUGACGCCCCCCAUCCCAGAAAACAACCCUGUCCAGGCGUCAUCAAGUCGGCCAUGGCGCCUGUCGCGUUCCAAGCGGGAACAGCAAACAUUUGACCAGCAUCAGUUUCCUCUCUUCAGCCGUCUUCCGGUUGAGAUUCGACUGCUUAUCUGGGGGCGGUAUUUAUGCGAUCAGAAGCUCCAUGUCAUACUCUCCAAUCAACAUACGUGGAAACAGUCCGAUUCAAAAAUCAUAGGAUUAUUCUGCCGCGAAAGUCGGGAUUACUGCCCAUGUAGUCAUCAUUGUUGGGGACAGCGAGCACGUCGGCCGACAGGUGGCUGCGUCGAAGUUAUCAAGCACGUUGAUUCACGGUGGCACGAGGACCAGGAGUGGGAAUUCGAUACAGGGAGAGUGGAUUUUGUGCCAUUGUUGCAGACAUGUCGACUAAUAUACGCCGAGACCAUUGACAUGAUGUAUCAAAACAACAUGUUUCUUUUUAACAAUACAGCCACAAUCGUGGAUCUGUCUCUCACGCUGUUGCCACAACGCAUGAGUAUGAUUCGAACGGUUCAACUCAGUUUUUCAGAUCCUGGUGGACCGACUUGGGAUUCGUGCUGUCGGGUUCUGGCUGAAAAAAUGCCAAACCUCCGAAGUCUGGUGGUGCAUCUAUAUCCCCACGUCACAAAGUGCUUGGACGAUUGGCUCAUGCCGCUACACCAGAUCCAGCAAGCCCCGGUCUUCGAAGUGACGUUGAUCAAGCCAUGGUAUCUGGACCCACAGUGGGAAAGGUCACUUGGGCUUGUUGAUGCUCCCUUUCAGUUUGCACUCGCUGAUACACAAGCACGCUGUAUAUCAUUCUUUAAUACCCCCGGCCGUACAUAG